UUAUCUAGUUGCACGACUAUUUCGUCACAGUGACGAUGACUACAACAAGUCGUACAACGACGUAGGUACGAACGGUUAUAAACUACCUACCGAGUACCGACAGCAGUACUAAAACUGCAAUCAAAUCAUGCACAUUCGCUUAAACGUAGUUAAUAUCGUAUUAGGCUCCAUUCAUUAUUGUUGUUGUUGUUCGAAUCACGGCGUUUAUGCUAUACGUUAAGUGAAGUAAUACUUUUUUAGUGUUUACAUAAUAUUUUCGUUUGGUAUAAAUUUACUUAUAAUUAAAAACACGAGAGUGCGCAUUUACAUAAAUUGUUUGUGUUGCGUUCUACCUACAGUUGCAUCAAUUUCGGAGACUUGAAUGCAUAUUUAAAGGAAUAAGCUGAAAAUCAAUCAUGGAGAUCAGUGGUAUAAUUGAUAUAAAAGUACCGGCCAAAGGUAGAAAAUUCGGUUCGUGGAAGGCGUGGAAAAGCCAAUGGUGUGAAGUACUCAAAAAUGAAAAUCGUAUGAUCAUCAACAUUGGACAUAGUAAGGGAAAUGUUACAUCGUGUUUAGCAGUACCUAACAACGCAAUUAUCUACCGAAUUAAAUCCAGGACUAGAGCCUACGGUUUUGGAAUAUUUUAUGCAGGACAAAAGGAACAACAACCAUGUAUUUUUCUUGCUGGAAAAUCAGAAACAGAGUCACAAAAUUGGAUGAAAUCUAUAAGAGAUGUUUUAAAACCACCAACACAUAUAAAGUCAACAAACGAGUAUACUGUAUCGAUAAUUGACAACGAACAUUCUAAAACAGCUGGUUUAACCGGCCUGUAUGGUACUCUAUCUGUAAAGUCAGAAGAAAUAUUAGUGACUGAUCCACACACUGGAAAAAUCAAAGUAACACUCCAUUGGACACAAAUACAAUGUAGUUACUUACCUCUGCCGGCUGUAUCAGAUGAUUUACAUAGAGUGUGUACAAUACGCACAAACAGCAAGUUUAAAGCGGGCGAUGGUGACUUGGAACUAUACUGCACCGAAGCCGACGAGUUGCACAACGAGCUGCUGUCUUGCCCGCGACCGUUGCCCAGGAUCGCCACCACGCCGUUGCCGCCGACGCCCAAGGACUGCAGACAGACGCGCAACGACCAUAUGUCCGCCGCCGAUUCGCCUUCGACGACGCCGCCACGGCGUCUGCUGGAGUCCAGACGAAUGAGCAGGAGCGAAGGCGAUCUAAAGAAGUUCGUCAUGCAACAAUCCGCACCCACGCUGCGGUCGGCCGGUUCGCAACAACAUCUCGUACUCAUGCCCCGGUCCAACGGUUUGGCACAAAAGAGUUCGUCGCACUACCUGUUGACCAGCGUGGGAUUGCUAUUGGCUACACCAGGAUACAGUGAACCCAACUCAAUGCAAGACUUACGGCUGAUCGACCAACACCUGCUUAGUACACGUUUACAAGGAAUAGUGGACGAAGAAAGCGCGGACGCUGAAGGGAAGAGCGAGGAAGACGAGGAUUACGAAGACAUGUUGCACAUGGAUAUUGAACAGACGAACGAUGCACCGCCACCAUUACCGCCGAGACAAUUGAAAUAUGUCACUAUGGCCAAUCUAGGAGGAAAUAACAAAUUAUACAUUUCCGGUCCAGUACCUAUAUGAUAUAUUAUAUACUACUUAUGUAUAUAGAUAAAAAAUAAGUAUACCGUAACUAUAUUAGAAAUAAGUCCAUAAACCAUGAGAAAUAUUUUGUGGACGCCGCCGCGCCGUCGUCGUUCGUCAUCUAGACGAUAAAUCCAAACAAUGUGGCUGUCGGCUGAACAUAUUUUGAACACUUCUUAUUCGGAUACAGUACCUACUUUUCAUUCUUCCUGCACAACUCAAGGAAACCUCGGAUGAGAAUUACCGUCGGACUUCGAUUGAAGAUAAUAUUAUAUUAUUAUGGAACACCGCAUGUCCGCAAAUGCCAUAUAUUAUAAUAAUUGUUAUGAGAACCGCACGAUGCGCCGCGCGAAUGUCAAGAUAACUACAACUGGACAGCGUGUGGUUUAACGCCCAAAAAAUAAUAUAUUGUAUUAUUGUUACAGUAGUUAUUAAUUAAACACACUCACACAUAUAAUUAUUAUUAUUGGCGUUAAGAUCCUGCAGUAAAGAAUAAUAUAUACCUAUUACUCGGUCUAAAGUUUAGACUCUAAACUUGUAAGAAGAAAAACUAGUUGCAUUGUAAAUAACAAUUUUUUUUUGACAUUCUCGGUAUAUAGCGGAUAUUUCCUCCAUAGAAAAUAUAUUAAAACGUACAAUAUUAUAUACCUAGGUAUUUUUUUAUUUUAUGUAUUUUUUGAUAUUAAACAAAUUAUAUUCAUCUGACGCAAGUUUAUACUUAGAUAUCACUUUCAAAAUAUAUGCCAAACGAAACUAGUCAACCAUUUUUAUGGAUGAAACUUACCAUAAUAUGCUAAUAUGCAUAAUGCAACUUAUCCAAAAAAUGUAUACCUAUGUAUGGAAUGUAAAUCAUUGAAAUGCUAAUCGCCCAAAUUCUCGUGCUUAAUGGAAUAGGUAUCUAUAUAGGUAUUUAUAUACCAACACUGCACCGUACACAGUAGAUUGUAGAUGUGUAGUAAGUUUUAUAUUUGUAUAUUAAUUAUAAUAUUUUUAUAAUAAUUAAAAAUGUUUCGUACCUACCUAUUAAGAAAUGUAUAUAAAUUUAUGUAAUAUUCAAUAUUAUUGUAUAGACGUAUAUGAAUUUUUCUUACAUAAUAAAUUUGUAAGAUUAUAUAAUAUUAUAUUAUAACAAAAAUAAUACGAUUAAUGUACCUAAUAAAGUGUUACUUACCUAUGAUUUGUACUUGAACCUUAAAUAAAAAGACCAGAUCUUAUCAUAUAACAUUUUCUUGUUGGUUUAUCAACAAGGCCACAUCUAAAAUGUUAUCUACUAACGAAAAGUAUAUGUAGAUAGGUACUUCAGUUUUGACGAAUUUUAGAUUUUAAGCAGAACGAUAAAUGUAUAAGUUUUUUUUAAUCAUGUUAUAUGUAUUUUU